GAAUAAGCCAGCACCAUGGACUGGGGCACCCUGCACACUUUCAUCGGGGGUGUGAACAAACACUCUACCAGCAUUGGCAAAGUGUGGGUCACUGUCAUCUUCAUCUUCCGGGUCAUGAUCCUGGUCGUUGCAGCCCAGGAAGUGUGGGGUGAUGAACAGGAAGACUUUGUCUGCAACACUUUGCAACCGGGAUGCAAGAACGUGUGCUACGACCACUUUUUCCCUGUGUCCCAUAUCAGACUGUGGGCACUACAGCUCAUCUUCGUGUCCACGCCAGCUCUGCUGGUGGGAAUGCACGUCACCUACUACAGACAUGAGGCAGCCCGCAAGUUCCGGCGUGGGGAGAAAAGGAAUGAGUUCAAGGACUUAGAAGACAUCAAGAGGCAGAAGGUUCGGAUAGAGGGUGCCUUGUGGUGGACCUACACUGGCAGCAUAUUCUUCCGGAUCCUCUUUGAAGCCUGUUUUAUGUACAUGUUCUACUUCCUUUACAAUGGGUACCAUCUGCCCUGGGUGUUGAAAUGUGGGAUCGACCCUUGCCCCAACCUUGUAGACUGCUUUAUUUCCAGACCCACCGAAAAAACAGUGUUCACCAUUUUCAUGAUUUCUGCAUCUGUGAUCUGUGUGCUGCUUAAUGUGGCUGAGCUGUGCUACCUGCUCCUGAAAGUGUGUGUUAGGAGAUCCAAAAGAGCUAAGGCGCAGCGAAAUCCCCCCAAUCAUGCCAUGAAAGAGAAUAAACAGAAUGAGACGAACGAGCUGAUUUCAGACAGCGGGCUGAAUGUGAUCACAGGCUUUCCAAGUUAAACGUUUCCAA